AUGGCCAAGGCAAUACAAUCUGUCGAUGAAUCUCGUUUCACUGAUCUUUACAAUGAGCCUGUAGAUCAUCUUUUGUCUCCGAUAAAAGGCUAUCAAAAUAAACCUCUUGUUUCACUUGCUGAGGCUAUUGAACCUAUUUCUAGUUUUUUUAAUGAAAUUGAAGACAAUGUUUUCGUUGCAUUACACAAUUGUCGAAAUCCAGCUGAUGGAUUAACUCAAGAUGAAUCAGCUUCUAUUCAUCUGGAUACAAUGCAAUUUGAUGGUGGUCCAAGUUUAUAUCUUUUACUUAAUCAAUCAUUACGUUCUAAAAAUCGUGAAGAAUUAAAACCAUGGUUCUCUUUUCUUAAGUUAUUUCUUACUGGUCUAUACAAACUGCAAUCAAAAAGUGGAAUAGUAUGGCGUGGUGUUCGAGGUAUUGAUUUAAGUUCAAAAUAUAAAACUGGUACAAAAUUUACAUGGUGGGAAGUAAGUUCUUGUACUACUUAUAUUGAAGUACUUGAAUCUGAUCAAUUUUUGGGUAAACAUGGACAACGUACUCUCUUUUCAAUUGAAUGUAUCAAUGGAAAAUCUAUUGUAGCACAUUCGUAUUUCAAAAAUGCUGAAAAAGAAAUCGUUCUUAUACCAGGUUGA